UCAGUCGUAAAUUUUUGAAUACCCAUUUGUCAAAUUCACACUCGUAGCACGGGUUCCGUAGGCAUGCAGCACUUUUUAACAGUUACAAUAGCUGUUUCGGAAUAAAAACACUUCCUGAAAAUAGUUUUUGUCUGGAUGGAAUAAUAUUUUACGCGGGCUUUAAAGAUGUUCACACCUACCAAGUCUGUUACCCGCUCGUUCCGUGCGGAAACACGGAGUCGUGCCAAAGAUGAUCUGAAAAAAAUUCGCAUGGCCAUUGACCGUGUGCGAAAAUGGGAGAAGAAAUGGGUGACAAUAAAGGAUACAACGCUGCGCGUUUACAAAUGGGUUCCCAUAGUUGAUCAGCCUAGUGCAGCAAAGGAUAACCAUACUUUGCGGAAUGACGCUGGAUCGGUAUCAUUUGCUACAGACGGUCAGCCUGUGAGUAAUGGCGAAGAGCCAGGAGCGAGCGAAGCUUCUCAAACUCUUAAGGAUCUCCCAGGUUCUAUCGGCGUUGCAAGUGAACUCACAUCCGAAGCCGAAGCCAAUGGCAUUGCCCAGCCUGUACAGACAGAAUCGCUUGACAUUUUUCCAGUAAUGUCUUCUGAUGCGGACGCGCCGGAAAUUCAGUCCCUAACAUCCCACGGAUCCAGUGGAUGGAAUCAAAGGCGAACUUCCGGCGAGAUUGAUGAAAUGCCUGCUAAAAGAGCAAAACUUGACAUGGGAAACGAGAGCGAUAAAGGUCCGGUGUGAGCUGUGCUGUACCUCCAAGUCUGUUACGAUCCGUCUUGGUUCUCUAUUGGGACGAAAUGCUGUAUGCCAGAUCUCCGAAGUCAUAACCGUACCGCUGUUUUUGUAUCGGCAUACAUCAGCCGUUUGGUGACGGGUUGUAUGCCGUUUACUUUGUGGUAAAGUGUUUAAUCUUCGAAUUUUCGUUUUUUACCUCUUUACAUUGCUUUUUGAUAUGUGGUUUUACUUUUUACACACUACUGUAGAAUUGAGCUUGCGAUUUUAAUCUUCGUGCUUUGCAUUCGUAGAAUUUUGUAUGUGCACGUUCUUUUUCCUUUGCAGUUGCACUUUAAAAUUUUUCAACUGCUUGCUGUAAAAAAUCCAGUCUGCG